UCGCCAUCUGACUAAAGAUAAGUGUCUACAGACCACAGUGAUGCACCCUUUAGCAUCAAGAUAAAUGGUGAACCACUGUUUAUCUUGCGUCUUUGUUUACUAGUUCGCCAGGCUGCAAACAAACCCCUCUUCAUUCUGCUCAAGCUGCAAGCAAGGUCAAGGUCAAACCCUACACUCCAGCGGUACCUUUGCAAACCUCCAUAAAAACUCUCUGCACUUUCUCUCGGUGGAAAACACUCAACAGUCCCCUCAGCACUUUUACUGUGGCACUGAACAUACUGAACCUUCCCCCACGCUCCUCCCUCGCUCUCUGUCUUUUUUUGUGUUAACUUGACAUGACAAGAGACGAGAAGAGGAAACAGUUGUUGUUCCUCUCACCACAGAGAUGGUUGGAGGUCGUCUUCGUUGCCUGGGCUGCGUCUUAACGUGCACUUCUGUGCUGCUUUUUGGGGUCUUCCUACAAGAUGUGGAGGCUUCCAGCUGUCCACGUGUCAUCCAUAAAAAAGUUGGAGACACUGUGGAGCUUCCGUCAUGCUUACCAACUGACAGGGCCACUGACAGGGUCACAAUGGCAAUAUGGAAAUACGGAGCGAAAAAACUUACAGACAAAAAUAAGAUUUUUCAUGAAAAUCAGUUUAAGGGCAGAUUAGAGCUAAACCACCAAAACUUUAGUUUAACAGUCAAACAGCUGACUCUCCAAGAUUCUGGUAACUUCAGUUUUCUCUCAGAUGUGAAUGACAAACAAAGGGAAACAGUCAUCAUCUCUCUGCAAGUUCAUGAGCCCAUCACUAAACAGCCCACCCUGACUUACAAUUCCACCUGGCACCCAUCGAAUGACUCCUGCACAGUUUUUCUGGAGUGCAGUGCGCCCUCUGACAGCAACGUCGACUACAAAUGGACCGUAAGCAACCAAACCAGAAGUGGGUCCAGGCUGCAGUAUAUCCUCAGUGUGGAGGACGGAGACACCGACUUCACCUGCACCAUAUACAACUUGGUCACUGAGAUGUCCAUGUCCCAGACUUUGACUUGCAGUAAUGUUACACAAGAUCUCCUGAAUUUUGGCACUAUCCUGAUCCUGGGUGUGGUGGGAGGAGGCUGCUUGAUAAUGAUCAUAAUUGUAACAGUGCUGUGUGUUUGUUACUGCAAACAAAGACAAUCAGGUAGCGACGCAAAUGACCUGACUGUGUAUGCAGACAUCAGUGAAGUUGCAAUUAAUGACGAAACAAUCCAGAAGCCGUGCUCAGUGUAUGAAACCAUCGAUAACCGAGGGAAUUCUCACCCAGUCACACCAGGGCCCCAGACCGUGUACGACAAGAUCCAGCUCAGCCGGGUGAGGAACGCGUCGGUGUCGCCCUACCAAGAGAUUUCUUAGAGAUCUGAAACAGAACACAGGAUAUUUUGCCCAAAGCCACAUUGGAAAAGGCACAUUCUAAAGAAAUGAAGGCUAAUAUGACGAAAGAAUGAUCCAACACUUUGUGCAGGAUGUGUACAGUGACCGGCAUGCCAUGCUUUUGUAAAUGUUCCAUUUUCAGUCUUGAGGCAGGGCUCCAUCUUACCUUUAACAUAUUAAACAGAACUGCUAUUAUAAGCUAUCUAUGCCCAAGUUUUUGGAACACUGUUGUAAAUUCUGUAAGUACAGAGAUUAUAUUAUUAAAUGUUUGUUUUCACGGAAGUACUGUCCUCUGCAAAUAUUUUUGUGGACCUUAUUCCUGACCCUGUGUCUGCAGCGGUGGCUAUACUGAACUGCAUUUACUGUCAUCGUAUCACUGUAUUUUUAAGAGCGUGUGUAAAGCAUUAUGUAACUCUUCUACCUUAAAACAACAGUUUCAAAAUCA